AAGUGGAUGGACGAGUUCGUGUACCAAGCGGUCGUGGACCCCAGCGUGGUCAGCACGACCGUGAAGAAGGUGUUGGAGCAGAAGCCGAAGAUGCUCGAGCUUUGGGAUCCUAUGGGUGCUCUGGCUUGAGAAGAUAUAUUUGACUUUCCAGCGCAGCGUUUCUGUUCAGUGAAUUGAUGUUGCAUCCCUUCUUCCUUCUCUCGAUCGUUCCUGCCCGUGCGUGUCAGGUUUACCGUACCAAAAUACCUCACCGCAUCGACCAUUUGUCACUUCAUCAACAUCGUCAAGGCUUGACAUGCCUUUCCAAGCAAGUGCAUCAUAAAUCGACAUUGCGGUGAUAUCAAGUCCUUCGUGGAGUCAUCGUGGCGGCGGUGGUAAGAUGCUGGAGUCGUAAUGACUCCCGACAUCGCCGCAGCCCCGCGGUACUCAUUCAAAAAGUCCCGCCAGCACCUCUCGUCGACAUCAUAACGCGUCUGCACUCCCAUCCACUCGCAAUGGCACCCAAUAACACGGCAUUCGAUCUGCAGACAUGCGCACGACCCAACAUCCUCGCAUUGGAGCCGUACCGUUGUGCGCGCGAUGACUACAAGGAUGACGGUACAAACAUCCUCCUUGACGCCAAUGAGAAUGCAUACGGUCCUGGUCUGGCGCUGAAUGGAGAGGGAAAUCUUAAUGGCACAUGCGGCGCAUCAGCGCCAAUUGACAUAGACUUGCUUGGUCUCAAUCGCUACCCAGACCCCCACCAAGCAGAUCUCAAGCAGCUGCUUUGCAAUCUCCGUAACACCCACACCCACACAUCGAAGAACAUCGGCCCGGAGCACCUGUUCGUCGGUGUUGGCUCUGACGAAGCCAUCGACGCGCUCAUCCGCGCCUUCUGCGCCCCUGGCAAGGAUAAGAUCCUGACAUGCCCUCCCACGUACGGCAUGUACAGCGUCUCGGCGCAAGUCAACGACGUCUCACUCGUCAAAGUCCCACUACAGCUGCCCAGCUUCGAUCUCGACGUCCCCGCCAUAGAGAAAGCCCUCGCCUCCGACCCUAGCAUAAAGCUCGCGUACCUCUGCUCGCCUGGUAACCCUACAGGAAAGCUGUUAAAGAAGAAGCAUGUGCAGGCCAUACUCGAGACAAACUGGAACGGUGUAGUCGUCUUGGAUGAGGCAUACAUCGACUUUGCGCCAGAGGGUGCAUCGAUGGCAGAGUGGGUCACCGAAUGGCCGAACCUGGUCGUUAUGCAGACACUAUCCAAGGCCUUCGGUCUUGCUGGCAUUAGGUUGGGCGCAGCCUUUGCAGAUCCGGCGAUCGCACAGAUCCUCAACAACAUGAAGGCGCCUUACAACGUCUCGAACCCCACAUCUCAGCUUGCCCAGGCUGCGUUGAGCCCGAAGCAUCUCGGCGUCAUGACAAAAAACAAGGAUCUGAUUGUCAAGCAAAGGGAGAGGUUGAUCGAAGAAUUGCCCAAGAUCCCCGGCAUUGGGCAACUGCACGGUGGGACGGAGAGUAACUUCUUGCUAUAUCAAAUGCUGGACAAGCCGAACGGCAAAACCAGCAAUGAAGUCGCACUAGCGGUAUACGAGGGAUUGGCCGAGGAGAAGGGUGUCGUGGUCAGAUUUAGAGGGAAAGAACACGGGUGUGAAGGGUGCUUGAGAAUUACAGUCGGCACAGAGGAUGAGUGCACAAGGUUUCUGCAGGAGAUCAGAACGAUGUUGGAGGGUGUGUACAAGAAGAGUAGCCUGGGUGGGAAGGCCGAGGAGCAGACGGAGGAGGAGGCCAGUGCCGUUGUUGCAUGAGAUUUUGGUCGAAGUAUAGAAAGAAGGCAUAAAUAUGCAUGUUCCAAACAUUUCAC